CUGAAAGAGAAACGAAAGUGAAGGACUGUUUAUGACGUGACCUGUAAACCGUCACUUUUAUUAGCAUGUGUCGAGUUGAAUUUAAUGAAACUUCAUCGUGUAUAUUGAAAUGAGAAGUGGUUUUUCACUCGUUUAGGGUCUUAUUUAUCUUUUUUAUUGUCGUCACCAGCUGCAUCGUGUUUUCCAUGGCGAGUAUUUUUUCGUCCUAUCGCGGAUCCACCUCAGACACCAAUGAGAAACAAUUUGAGUGGCAGCUGUUAGUUGGACAGCAGUGGCUGCCGAUUGAUAACGACCAUGUGAUCGAGACGCACUACUGCCACCCUGGAGCUCAAGGAAUCACCAUCAACACCAUCCAAGGGAAGGUGUUCAUAGACUUUGAUAAGUUCCAGACUAUGAAUGCCGCUCUGCAGGUGCAGAGGCUGAGCUUCUUGUCCCAGGGUGAGGCCGAGGAUGUCGGCUGGUACUUUAGAGAUGACCAGCUGUGGCGUGAAUAUGGAUCACAGAGCUCCAGCAGGAUCGCCUCCUCCAUCAGCAGCAGAGACAUCGAGCACCAGUUCACUCUGGACCGUCAGGGAACGUUCAGCUUCACCGUGGGAUCAACCAGCUACGCACUCGACUUCACCACCAUGAAACAAAGAAACUGCACAACAGGAAUGCACAGGAACGUCCGCAGGCGUCCAAAAUUCACCUGUAACACAGGACGCAUUAGCUCUACUCCCGUCUUCCCAACCGCCUCCUCUAAGCCAACUAAUGGACGCUACAAGUGGGAGUAUAUGGGAGAAGAGGGGGAGUGGGUUGAAUACCAAGCACAUAUUUGUGCAUUCGACAGUGCUGCGGUCGAGGCACAAUACCAGCUGAAUCCACAGAGCCAGCUACAAUUCAGGAUCGACAGCUACUCGUACACGCUGGACUUGUCAAGUAUGUGUCAAGUUGAUAACAACAUCGGGACGAGAAGAGCAGUGAGGAGGACCGCUGAUAAUGGGAGUCGUCAAAACAGAAGUUCAGGCACACCGCCCCAAUGGCAGUUCCUCGACAUCGAUGGAAAAUGGAAAGAAUACAGUAAAAAUAAGAGCAGCAUUUCAAGUCAGGACAUCGAGCUCGUGUACCAACAAAACCCGACGGGCAUCAUCACAUUUACCACCAAUCUAUUUAGCUAUGAGCUGAACUUCUCAGCUAUGACUCAGAGAAACUUGUCCACAAACACCACCAGAUCAGUACAAAGACUCAACCAGUGACCGUGGACAACCACACAUUCAGAGCUUCCGGGGUUAACAUGUUGUCCAUCCUAACAAUAACAUCACUGCCUGCUGCAGGUUGUCUCUUAGAUGGAAACACAUUCUUCACGCACUGUUUUCACAUGGUGCCUUGCUGAUUGCAGUGCGUUUCAGCUGUUUGUUUUUGGAAGUCUUAAAUAUGCUGCCAUGCAAUGUUGUUCUGGUUAGGCUCCGAGCUCGGGUUGAGUAGUAUGAGUUUAAUUAAAGUUGGGUUAAGUUUUAAGAGGCACUCAGCGAAAUAGCAAAUCAGAUGUGUUUACAUGUCUUUUGUAAUGUUUAUGAUAUCACUGUUUAAUGUUUAUUUAUUUUUUAAGUUGUUUGAACUACCAGAAUUAGCAAUUCAAAAUCUGAUACAUUGCCUCGAGUCAUGUCACCUGAGUCUGUGUUGUUAAGUGCAAAGCACAUCUGUGCUUGGAGCUAAUAGUUUGACGCCAUCAGUCGCUGCUAGCAAAAACAUAAUAAUGUUAAACUUGCCUCAGACUGUCAGCAGUCAAGUUGCAUGGUGGGUGAUGUAGGCCCUAAAAUUUGAUGAACGGACCAAGAAAAAUGAGGUUAUCUUUGUUUGAGCUGCAAUAAUUUAGAUAUUUGUUCACAACUGUGGAUCAUGAAUCUUACUGUUAGAUUUGUGCAAUAAAUAAAUAUAAAAGAAAUGCCUCAAUGAAGGGGGAAUCAUAAAACCUUUACCCAGGAUUCAUGUUACUUUUUUGUUGUUUAUAUAUCAGUGCAAUAAUGAAUGUUUAAAUGAUUAUCUUAAGACAAGAUACCUCUAACCUUCAACAAAAAAUAUAAGUUUACUUUGAUUUGCCAUACAAUGCCGCCUACUGCCAUGUGAAGCACUGAUUAAACAUUAAAGUGACUUGAUGAAC